UUUCUCUGGAUGAGUCGAGACCUGCGUUUGCCUUUGGCCCUGACUCCCUCUAGUAGUCGUUCUUUUUGAGGUUAAACAGGUUUAAGGAGUCUUUUGGACUUCCCCGGGGAAAGGAAUCUUCAACAAAGGUGGUUCUGGACGAGUUAACACACAUGGUUGGAGGGCGGCGGCACGUAACUGUCCCUGUAAACCAGAAGUUUGUUGGCCAGUCCUCACCAUUGGCCAAACGGCCCUGCUCCGCCCUGGUUCAGCCAGUGUUGAGGUCUAAGGAAACAAGCUCUCACUUCUCCAUUGGAAGCUUGCUAGCCACAGGAUGAGUCUGCAGUGGACUGCAGUUGCUACCUUCCUCUAUGCGGAGGUUUUUGCUGUGUUGCUUCUCUGCAUUCCCUUCAUUUCUCCCAAAAGAUGGCAGAAGAUUUUCAAGUCCCGCCUGGUGCAGUUGGUAGUGAGCUAUGGCAACACAUUCUUUGUGGUUCUCAUUGUCAUCCUUGUGCUGCUGCUCAUUGAUGCUGUACGUGAGAUUAAGAAGUAUGAUGACGUGACUGAAAAAGUGAACCUGCAGAACAAUCCUGGGGCUAUGGAACACUUUCAUAUGAAGCUUUUCCGUGCUCAGAGGAAUCUCUACAUUGCUGGCUUUUCUUUGUUGCUGUCCUUCCUGCUUAGACGCCUGGUGACUCUCAUCUCCCAGCAGGCCACACUGCUGGCCUCCAAUGAAGCCUUUAAAAAGCAGGCAGAGAGUGCUAGUGAGGCAGCCAAGAAAUACAUGGAGGAGAAUGACCAGCUAAAGAAGGGAGCUGCUGUGAAUGGAGACAAGUUGGAUGUUGAAAGUGCUGAGGUGAAGUUGGAGGAAGAGAACAGGAACCUGAAGGCUGACCUGAAGAAACUGAAGGAUGAACUGGCUAGCAUCAAGAAAAAACUAGAAAAAGCUGAAAACGAGGCCCUGGCCAUGCAGAAGCAGUCUGAGGGCCUCACUAAGGAGUAUGAUCGCCUGCUGGAGGAGCACGCAAAGCUUCAGGCUUCAGUACAUGGUUCCACGGACAAGAAGGACGAGUGAGAGCCUGUCUCUUCUGCCUGCAGCUGGCUUCCACCUGGCCUGUGUUUGCUGCUUCCUGGGAGCUCAGCCUAUCCCUCUGGUACUUGGGUUCACUCCCUUCUACUUCCCUCAUUUCCUUCCAUAGCUUAUAGCUCAUUCAGCAUCUUUCCACACACUGUCAUUAUACCACAAGGAACCCAGUUGUUAUUCAUUCAGAAUGAUUUUACUAUUGUCCUGCCUGGCCAGGCCCCUUUCCACUCCUAGGAGUGUGGAGGGCACUUGUUACCUGGCCUGAGUUUGAGCUCCUUUUGUUUUGCCAUGUUCAUAUGUUCUUUGGUCCUGCAGGAAGCUUGUGAAGCAGGCCACCUAGUUUCUCCUGGGGACAAUAAAGGUUGUUGUUACUGUA